AUGCUGCAAUCGUCGCAGGACAUCUCCGAUAAUGACUAUGAAGAUGAUGUACCAACACAAUUAGUGAACGACGAACCCACUCUUAGCAAAGAAGAGCAAGAACGGAUACGGGCGGAACGUGAAGAAGAAGAACACAAGAAAAACCUGCAAAUGUACGUCUUUGUGGCACGAUGUGUAGCCUACCACUUCAAUGCCAAGCAACCAACCGACAUGGCCCGACGUCAAGUAAAAGUCACCAAGCAGGAUUUGGCCCGUAUGAAAGAACGGUUUCAAGCUUUUCUCAAGGGUGAAACAAAUAUUCCUACUGACGAAGCUUUCGCAAAAGCUAUGCACAGCUAUUGUGAGAUCUUUCUAAAGUCAGAACGGGUCCAAAAAGUCGUUGCCGCCGGAGGGUUUUCCAUGCACGACUUUCGGGAGGUGUUCCGAUGUAACAUCGAAAAGCGCAUUCGUGCCCUGCCAGAUAUUGAAGGUCUUUCUAAAGAUACAGUGCUGACUUCUUGGUUGACGAAGUUCGACACCAUUACUAAGGGCGACGAGGAAACGCAAGGACGAACUGCGAGGGGUCGAACGCGGAAUGCUCCCGGUCAGCCGAACGCCGAUGCAAUUCUGGGCAAAGAGCAGCUUUACGAUAUGUUCCAGCAAGUACUUGGCGUGAAGAAAUUCGAACACCAAAUCAUCUUUAACGCAUUGCAGCUCGAUAACCCCGAUGAACAAGCAGCUGCGAUUCGACGAGAGGUAGCGACGAGGGAAGAUGCUUGUCGGGAAAUUCAUAAGAUGCGAAAGAUCAUGCCGAAAUUUGUCGUAAAAGACAUGGAGACAUUGUUUAUGGAUGAAGUUCGGCAGUCAAUCAAUUUAUUGAUUUCCAAUUUGGAAUCAGUGCCCGUAACACCCCGUGGACAAGCUGUUGGAAAGCGGAAAGACAAAUCACGGUCGGUAACUUACCCCUUAUGA